AUGUCGAUGCUGGACGCCUUCUUCAGCAAGGGCGGCGGCGGCGGCGGUGGCUUCCGCGGCGCCAAGUGCAAGACGCUGCUGAAGCUGUCGAUCCCGCGGAUAAAGCUGCUGCGGAACCGGCGGGAGCUGCAGCUGCGCCAGAUGCGCCGCGACAUCGCCAAGCUCCUCGAGGCCGGCCAGGAGGCCACCGCUCGGAUCAGGGUGGAGCACAUCAUCCGGGAGGAGAACAUGAUGGCCGCGCAGGAGAUCCUCGAGCUCUUCUGCGAGCUCAUCGCCGUGCGCCUGCCCAUCAUCGAGGCCCAAAAGGAGUGUCCUAUUGAUCUCAAAGAAGCAAUUUCAAGCAUCUGCUUUGCUGCUCCAAGAUGUGCAGAUCUACCUGAACUGAUGCAAGUUCAAAUGAUGUUUGCGACUAAAUAUGGGAAGGAAUUUGUUGCUGCAGCUUCAGAGUUGAUGCCUGAUUGUGGGGUCAAUCGUCAGAUAAUUGAACUACUUUCUAUUCGUCCUCCUCCUGUUGAUGCCAAGUUGAAACUGCUGAAGGAGAUAGCUGAGGAACAUGAAGUUGAUUGGGAUCCAUCAGAUGCAGAGACAGAAUUUCUCAAACCUCAUGAGGAUCUAUUGAAUGGACCGACCUACUUCAAUGGCUCCAUGCUACCUCUUCCCAAGGAGAAACAUGAGGAAACAGUAGCUGCAAGUGCUGCUGAGCAGCCUGAUGAAGACUACGAGUCAGAUACCGGUCUUGAUUCACUGGAUUUGCCUGAAGUCCCAAAAGCUGCAAUUCGUCCACCUUCUGAUGCACCGUUGACCCCAGAUAUCGGUCCACAUGUUCAGGGCUCUCAGUCACUUCCUCAUGAGUUCUCAGAUCCUACUGACUUGAAGGAGAAUCCAACAGCUGGUGGUGCUUUUAAUGUUAUUCAGAUGAAAAGCUUGGAACAUCUUGUUUCUGCACCAUCUUCUCAGUCAGACAUACCAGAUUUUCCAAAUGAAAAGAAGCAAUUUAUUCCUUUUGCAUCUCCACCGCCAGUUUUUGCUCCUUCUUCAGUGGAAAAAACCGAGACAGUUCCCUCACCUUCUCUGUCUCCUCCAGUGAAGCCAACAGAGCCAGAACCAGAGAUCUACACAAAGAAAAUUGAUGAAGUGACCACACCUCCAGUACCUCCCACGGAAUAUAUGUUCACAAAACAGUCAGAGCAAACACAGACAAACUCUCCUCCUGAGAGAGGGGCAAAUAUUGACUUGGAUGACGUUUUAUCUGCUGCUCAGACAGCUGCUGAAUCAGCUGAGCGAGCUGCAUCAGCAGCCCGUGCUGCUGCAAACCUUGCUCAACUGCGCAUUGCAGAUCUAAAGAAGAAUUCCAAUGUCUAUAACAAGUACAGCGAUAGUGCCCAAAAGGAAAGACAUCAUCAGACUGAGGGGACACAGAAACCAGUAUUUGAUCACCAGGACUCCUUUACCAAUGAUACACAGGACUAUGUGCCAUCUCGUGUGCCUCAGAGGUCACCAUCUUUGGAGGACGAUCCAUAUUUCUCCUAUCCCAACUUGUUCUCAGCGCCAAAACCCUGA